AUGUCUGAAUUCAACUUUGAUCAAUUCAUGCUUGACCAAUUUCAAACAUUGGAUCAAAUUGACCUCCGCUCUCCUGUUUUCCCAGUCGAAGGCCUUGGAAAUCUUCCUGAUCCUUCAACCUUCGACUUUGGAGACUUCCUCAACGACACGGAUGUGGAGAUGAUUGACACGCCAGCCCCUCAAGGGAUGGCUGGCAUUUCGCAAGGAAACAACACCCAAGUUGAGUUACCCGUUCCUCUCAUUACUGAUAACGCAACAGUCAACCCCAACUUCUUGAACAACGGUUUCACUGGCAACAUCAACCCAUUUCAGCCAGCCAGUUUUCCGGUUCCAAGCAUGCAACAAGUCAAAAAAUUCCCUGCUCAUUUCGAGUUCGGCAACGGUUACCGGCACGCCAUCUUGAAUGCUUUCCCUAGCCCAGGCUAUCCAUUGCACAUCAUCGAUUCCUUUGGAAACUUGCCCCGAAGCGUUAUGGAGGCACUUCAACAAGGGUUGAAACGACACAGAGAGGUUGACGACGAGAUCAAUCAAUUCGUCAUCGAUGGCAUCGACAAUGUUGGACCAGGCUGGGAUCCAGAGGACUUGGCAAUGUCGGACACAGAAGAAGAAUUUGAGCGAACACAAUCACCAGAACCAAAGGAACCAGAAGUCAAUGUCAGGCCUACUAAGGUACCUGGAAAGAGUUGGAUUAAACCUAAUAUGGCAACACAAGGUAAGAACAAGCGCAGCAAGAACAUCCAGUCGCUUAAUCCAUCCUCGUACUACACUCCCCUUGCACAACAACCUCAAAACUGGGGAAAUCCAAAUCGUGCCGGUGUCGUUCCUUUCCGGUACACCACAGACGGAGAAUUGAACCCGUACGCCAAGUAUACCGUCAGCCAGAUCAAAGAGUUCAUCUUCAACCAUCCAGGUCACAACAUGGGAGGACAGAGACACACCAAAGCCUCUGGACUCACACUCUGGAUUCAAAGCGUCCCAUCCGACUCUGCCGCACGCUACGCACACCCAAACUCCGACAAAUGCCGUUUUGAAGACUGCCCAGCCCGCAAGGGCACCAUCCUCAAAGGCCAAUACCGUGUCGCCUUCGAUGAGCAAUCGUCCGAUCCGCUUAUCACUGACCCUUUCCACAAUGCCGGCCAUGUUCAUCUCUACUGUCUAGAGAAGUUUCUUGACUUUCGCUACAUCUGCGCCAAUUUCAAUGUUCGGCCUGAUGAUCGUGUCCUCGCCGAGGGACGAAACAAGAUGGCGAUCACAAGAGAUCACGUCGAGAUGAAAAGGGUCGUCCGGAAUUUCAUCCGCAGCGCAGAGAAAGAGUACGCCAACCCAAAUUACGUUAAUCUUGCUAACGACUAUUCUUACGAGAACACCCUUUGCUAUAAGUUGACUGUCAAGCACUUGGAGCUCGAACCCGCUAACCGACAAAGUGUCCGCGACAAACGCCCCAAUUCAAACUCCUUGGACAAACACAUGAACAAUCUUAACAUGUACGUCGCUGGCAGAAGCAUUCAAAAACAAGCACGUUUGAAAACUGGAAAAAAGGCAUCGGAUGCCAGAAGUCCGUCAAACGCAAAGAGCAACAAGAGAAAGGCAGCUGAGAUGGAUCAGGACGAUCAAGUAGAGUUCAGCAUUGAUGAAAAUAUCUUGGAUGUAGACGGUGACACCAUCGUUGUUGACACCCGAGGACAAACACAAUCAUCGAGCACACAAAGCAACCCAGCCAAGAGAACUCGUGUUAUGAGGAAGAGAUCCAGGAAAGUCAUUGAGAACGAAGGCAGCAACAGCGAUGAUGAUUCUUCCGACGACAGCGACGUUUCGGAAUGGGCACCAGCCAAGAGACCAGCAAAGAGACUCAGCCGAUGA